AUGAUCCACAGCUGCCCUCAGGAGCUCUGAUAGACCAGGCCAAACACCUGGGCAACCUGACCUUCAACAUCUGGAACAACAUGAAGGACAUGGUCUCCUACACUCCUCUCAUUCUGGACCCAAACACUUCUGAUCCAAACCUCAUCCUGUCCGAAGAUCUGACUAAUGUUAGAGAAGGAAAGAGGCAACAGCUUCCUGAUAAUCCAGAGAGGUUUAAUGGAUUAAUCUUCUCAGUCCUGGGUUCUGAGGGCUUUAAUUCAGGGACUCACAGCUGGGAUGUUCAUGUUGGAGACAGUACAUGGUGGGGACUGGGGGUGUUAGCAGAGUCUGUGCAGAGGAAGGGAGACAUACAGUCUGGAUUAUGGAUAAUAGGGUGCAGUUUAGGUAUGUACUACACACAUUCACCAUCAGCUGGAUCCACUGACCUCACAGUUGAGAAGAAGUUCCAGAGGAUCAGAGUGAAUCUGAACUGGAACAGAGGAAAGCUGUCGUUCUCUGAUCCUGAUACUAACACACACAUACACACCUUCAGACACACUUUCACUCACAGGAUGUUUCCAUACAUCAACACUGAUGAUGAAGUGAAGGUGUGUCCCUUGAAGGUGUCAGUGUCAGUGGAGCAGAUGAGUUGAGGAUGAUGAUAUUUCUAAUGUUGUUUCCUGUCAGUGAAUUGAAGCUGUUAAACUGCAGCUGUCCUCCUGCUGCCUCGUUGUUCCAAAGC